AUGCCGGCCAGUGGCCGCGGACUGGACCCGACGGCCGCCGCGGUAGCAGCAGCAACAGCCGUCGCGAUCAAGAAGAUUUCGCUGGAAAGCGGUGACGAUUCGGAAGAGGAAAGCGAAAUCCUGGAGGAGAGCCCUUGUGGCCGGUGGCUGAAAAGACGUGAAGUGGUGGAGCAACGAGAUGUUCCCGGAAUCGAUUGCGCGUACUUGGCCAUGGACACUGAAGAGGGCGUGGAGGUGGUGUGGAACGAGGUGCAGUUCUCGGAGCGCAAAAACUACAAGGCCCAAGAAGACAAGAUCCGACAAGUGUUUGAAAGUCUCACACAACUCCAGCAUCCCAACAUCGUGAACUUCCAUCGGUACUGGACGGACACGCACAACGACAAACCACGCGUCAUAUUCAUCACAGAAUACAUGUCUUCUGGCUCGUUGAAACAGUUCCUAAAACGUACCAAACGCAACGUGAAGAAGAUUUCACUGACCGCGUGGAAACGAUGGUGCACGCAAAUCCUAUCGGCCCUAAGUUACUUGCAUUCAUGUUCACCGCCCAUCAUCCAUGGGAAUCUGACCUGUGACACGAUAUUUAUCCAACACAAUGGACUCGUGAAAAUAGGAUCAGUUGCUCCGGACACCAUUCAUGUGCACAUCAAGACUUGCCGGGAAAACAUGAAAAACAUGCAUUUUAUUGCACCUGAAUGUGGAAAUUUUGUGACACCCGCCAUCGAUAUUUACGCGUUUGGAAUGUGUGCGUUAGAAAUGGCCACGCUGGAGAUACAAGGCAACGGCGACAGUGGUACGCUCGUUACGCAAGACCACAUCAACCGCACGAUCGAGUCGCUAGACGAUCCAUUGCAAAAGGACCUGAUCUACCAGUGUCUAACGGCUGAUUUUGAGAAACGUCCGACGGCGCGAACGUUACUCUUUCACCCCGUACUGUUUGAGGUGCACGCGUUGAAAUUACUCGCGGCGCACGCUCUGGUCAAGACUGAACAUUUUGCCGACAGACUGUCUGAUGAGGUAUAUCCUCAAGAAAAAGUAAUUGCUGACAUUGUGCACCCCGACGAUGAAACUCGAUCGGUCCAGUUUAAAAUGUCUGAUGUCCCAGAUAGCAACAAGCUUGAAAAGUUCGUCGAAGACGUCAGAUUUGGCAUUUACCCGUUGACUGCUUACGCCCUGGAAGCGGGACCUGUACGGCUUACUACGUACCAGCCUCAGAGUCCGACCGGUUCCAUGGAUCAGUCUAUCCCAUCGGAUAGGAGUAGUUCUGGGCCGAUCGACGUCGAAGUCAGACGUAUCGUCAACACGAUGUGCAACAUCAAACCACGAGACGAUGCUCAAAAUGACUUUAUGAUGACAAUUCUACUGCGGAUGGAUGACAAAAUGAAUCGUCAACUAACGUGUUCCAUAACAGACGCGGACACUGCGUUGUCUCUCUCCCAAGAAUUAGUGCACUUCGGCUUCAUCAACGAGUCGGACAAAGACAAGAUAUACGUAAUCAUCGAAGAGACACUUUCCGAGGGUCCUCGUUACAAGGAAGACGACGAUCAAUCGUCAAUUCCCGUGGAAGUCGAAUCAUCGCCACCGUUGCAGAAACGAUCGUCAGCACCUGCCACUCCGUCGUCGUCGUCCAGGCCCAGCGUCAUACGGUCGCCAGUAAAACGCGACGGCAGUUAAUGAUAGCUACGUGGCCAACUCAAGUUGGUCACUAGGUUUCGUCCAACCCGUCGUCUGUCGACGACGAUCCCGCGGCAACGAACCGCGUACCGUUUAUAUUCGCUUCUUCCAAGUUUAAAAAGUAUAAAAAACACAUUACAGUGCGUCAUCGUUACGAUAACGUCAACUAUAUUUCAUCCGCGUCAAUUCAAACCAAACAAAACGUGCGAAAAACAAAAGCGAAUUCAAUAAAAACGACCUCCUCUUGCAUAUUAUACGUUAUACUCGUCGAUUUUAUAACACACACACACACACACAUACACACACAUACACACAUAUGUAUAAUGUGUAUAAAUAUAUGCUUACACUUAUAUAUAAUAUUAUAAUAUAAUAAAACGUAAAAACGUAGACUUGAGUCAUUAUGUUAUGCGUGUGUAAUAUAUAUAUACAUACAUACAUAUAUAUGCAUGUAUGUACGAGAGUAUAUUAUAUAUUCGAUUACGAUAAGCUUAAUAUUUUUUACUGAAUAUUAAUAAUAUAAUAAUAAUAAUAAAG